GGCGCGGCGGACACUCCGCACUCGGCCGCACUCAGCCGCACUCAGCCACCGCACCGAUACUAUACUACAUGCUGCCACAACUGGCGACUGAUCGUUCUCCACACACCCUUCGGCAGUGUUUAAUUGUCGCGGUAACCGAUCGUCAGAAGGUCGUGCUCGCCGAGUGAUUGUUGCAAUACCUACGAAACGAAAUUGUUUUUAAAAACUGGUCGUGAUUAAUGCGUUACGCCUCAGUGAUUCAUUGACACCGGCUCGAGGAUGUAGUGAAUAGUGAUGCGGUGCGCCAAUUAUCCGUGAAGUUGUGUCAAUACGCACAUUGUUUGUUCCAGUGACAUGAGUGCCGUGUGUGAAUUAUAAAUAUUUGCCGUGGAUGCGGGCACGUGUCGUCCGUGGCUAUCGACUCGAAUAACAAUUACAAGGGUCCGUGUAACUGGCGAAAGUCCGUUUUGGUGUAAAAACACGUCCAGUGUUAUCUAACAUGUCGAGGCGGGAGACGUUUUGCUCAAGGUUAAUGGGACUGAUGUAAACCGGUUUACUACCAGAGAAGUUUUAAAAUGCUUGCGACUGUCAUCCGAUCCCGUCACUUUAAGACUGAGAAAGGACCCGCAGAUCAAGGCGAGCGUGAGACGGUACCUGUCGGCGGCGGCGGAGCGGCGGUCUAGCGGCGGCGGCGCCGGCGUACGCACCAACCACGACAAAUCGAGUUCCCCACCGUCGAGCAACUCGAACGGCACUUCGUCCAGCAACUCGUCGAGCAACGGGUCGGCGGUGCAGUCGGGCGACAGCUGCGAGGCGCUGCUCGCGGACGAGCGCGCGCGCCGCCCGCGCGUCUCGCAGCCCAAGUUCGAGGCGUACAUGAUGACCGGCGACCUCAUGCUCAACCUGUCCCGCGUCGAGCACCCGCACCACAACCACCAUGCGCCCACGCACCGUACACAUUACCAUAGGUACAACUCAACGCCGGCGUCCCCCAGCGAGAAUCGCGCUAGCGGACGCGUGGAGUUGGCACAGAGGCACAACUCGUCGCCCGACACGGGACUGGUCACCGUCGGCGACCAUGCAACCAAAAUGUUCAUAUCGCAGCCGGCGUCCCCCGCGGGCGGCGCGGGCGGCGCGGGCGGCGCGUGCGGCGCGGGCGCGGGCGCGGGCGGCGCGGCGGGCGAGGGCGCGGCGCGCGCGCACCACGCCGUGCGCACCUCGCGCUCCGAGGACCACUUACAGUUCCAGAAGGAGUCGUCGCUGAGCGCUGUGGCGGUCGACAUGGAAGAGGAUGUGACGUCAUCGCUCAACACGCUGCUGGACGCGCGACCCGACUCCGCCACGCCCGGCCCGCGUUCCGACUCCGAUCCUGAACGAGACAGGAUCGUGUGGACGUACAACGCGCCGGUGUCGUGUGCGUCGGAGCGCGCGCACUGUAACGGCUCUGGCGCCACCUCCAACUCCACAUCCAUCUCCGACGGCAUGUCACAACGGUCGUCGUCGCCGGCGUCGCCGACGUCAGCGUCGUCGUCGGGCAUGUCGUCGCGCGGCACGCCGCCGCAGCGCGCGCACCACCACGCUGCGCACGCGCACCACAAGCUUAACGGAGACAUGAGUCUGUCCGAAGCAGUGUCAAACAUAUCAAGCCCCGACUACCAGGACCAGGACGACAUGUUCGAGACAGGCCGCGAGUGUCCGCGCAUGGAGCUGUCCGACCCCUCCGACUCCGAUUCGACCAUACUAGUCUCCGAGCCUUGUCACAAGCGCGCCAAGUCCAACUCUACGUACUCGAACGAGCACGGCAGUGACGUCACGCUCAACGGCGACAACAACGAGCACAGGAUAGUGAUACAAGUGAAAGGACCCGACAAACAGACGCCGAACGCAACAGAAAAUGUAAAUAAUAAUAAUAAUAACAACAACAACUACGCGCAGAACACAAACGAAAAUGGAUUCAAUUCGCCCGAGAAUCAAGGUUAUCAGGAACUAGGGAGCAGUUCGGACGCCGGUUCUGACGAGGGUUCCGACGGUGACUCGCUUCACUCGUUCCACUACAGCCCGAAGGCGGUAGACAUCCCCUCCGCGGAGCGGCUGGCCAAAAGACUCUACUACCUCGAUGGAUUCAAGAAAUCAGACGUCUCAAGGCAUCUGAGCAAAAACAACGAGUUCUCGCGCGCAGUAGCCGAGGAGUACGUAAAGCACUUCUCGUUCGCGGGCGUGACGCUGGACGCGGCGCUGCGCACGUUCCUGGCGCGCUUCGCGCUCUCCGGCGAGACGCAGGAGCGCGAGCGCGUGCUCGUGCACUUCUCGCGCCGGUACCUCGAGUGCAACCCGGGAUCCUUCCGAUCACAAGACGCGGUGCACACGCUGACGUGCGCCAUAAUGCUGCUUAACACUGACCUGCACGGAUGCGGCGGCGGCGGUACGUUUCGGCGCAUGUCGUGUGCGGAGUUCAUCGAAAACCUCGCCGAGCUUAACGACGGCGACAACUUCCCGCGCGAAACGCUCAAGCACCUCUAUCACGCGAUACGCACGCAGCCGCUGCAGUGGGCGUUGGACGCGGAGGCGGCGGCAGCGGCGGCGGAGGCGCGCGCCGGUGGCGGUGGCGCGGGUGGCGCUGCGGCACCCGUCGGCUCCAACCCCUUCCUAGAUGUGCCCGACCAGGCGCGCGCCGUCGAGUACAAGAAGGGAUACGUUAUGCGCAAAUGCUGCGUCGACCCCAACGGCAAGAAGACUCCGUUUGGCAGGCGAGGCUGGAAGAUGUUCUACUGUACGUUAAGAGAUUUGGUUCUAUAUUUGCAUAAGGACGAGCAUGGUUUCCGACGCAGUCAAAUGUCGGAUAAUCUGCAUAAUGCUAUACGAAUACAUCAUGCCCUUGCGACAAAAGCAACAGAUUACACAAAGAAACAACACGUGUUCAGGCUGCAAACUGCCGAUCAGGCCGAAUAUUUGUUUCAAACAAGUGAUUCAAAGGAAUUGUGUUCGUGGGUGGAGACGAUUAACUUCGUGUGUGCAGCGUACUCCGCCGCGCCGCUCGCGGGUGCCGUUGGGUCGCAGCGCAAGUUUCAGCGACCGUUACUGCCUUGCACGCACACUAAGCUCUCUAUGCGCGAGCAACUCGCGGAGCACGAGGAGCGCGCGGCGCGGCUCGAGGAGGAACUCGCGGCGCUGCGGCAUGCGCGCGACAACACGCCGCACGCCCGCGAUAAGGAACACUACCUCGUAUACGAGAUGAAGCGGUACCGCACGUACGCACACGCGAUGCGGGCGCGCGGCGGCGGCGCGGGGGCGGAGGAGGCGGCACCGGCGCUGCCGGAGCGCGGCGAGCGGGCCGAGCGCGCACACGCCGCGCCGCCGCCCUGACGCGCCAUGGCGGUGUUCGCCGCCUGCGUGCUGUGACGCUGCCCGCGCCUGCCGUGCGUGGCCGCGGCGCCCGCCGACUGACCCCCGCGGCCUGUGCGGCCCGCGGAUGGGUUUUGGCGAUUGUGAACGCUUUCCAAGUGUUAAAUUGGAUUUUUGAGUAUAUCGAUACAUCUAGUCUUGUCUUCCUUGCGAUAUACCGUUUAGCGUUCGACCGCGUCGCCGUCGCGCUCUUGCAGUGUGACCGCGCGUGCGGUGCGUGUGAGUCGACCGCGAAUAUGGCGUAAAGUGCGAGUGAUAUGAAUGUGAAUAUUAUAUACGCCAAUAAUACUCGGAAAUAGUAACUCGAGGCUCGCGUACCGUCGGCUCGUGUUUUUUGGUAUUUAAAUUUGAUAUUUAUUAUUAGCGUUCUGCGUUACUGAUAACGGUAAGGAAAUUGUUUUCUUCACUGAUUUGCCGUUAUGGUUAUCAUAACGUCGUCAUAAGGCUGGUGGGGAUGCGCCCUGUUGUUUUAUAACGUGUCACAUGUUGCUGUGAAAUAGUUACGUUACUGUACCUAAUGUUUGGCGUCGGCCACAGGGCCGUCGGUUAUACGCUUUAAUUAUUGUCUUAUUAUGAUCACAACAUAUUGGCUUGGUAAGAUAUCAUAAGAAAAAUCAUAUAUCAUUCCAUGUAACUCGGUACCAUUGUUCAUUGUAGCGCGGCUGUAAGAGGCGGGCGAGACGUGGCGAGAUUUAGCUGUUGACUCAUUACUUUACUCUUUUUUACUUUAUAUUUAAAUCGGUAUAUUAUUUGACAACAGCUGAAUUUAUUACAUUGUUGUAAAUAGAUUUUAAAGUGUUGAGACUGAUAUGUGAUGUUAUUUAUUUCAUUCGUAAAUUAACCAGUGUCAAAGUCUUAGGCAUCGAUAGUGUAUGAAUACACCACUAGGAUCUCAGUUGUAAUGUAUAGCGCCUUUAGGUUGAAAGAUUAUGGUUUACUGUAUGAAGACGCGUCGAACGGAAUUUGUAUUUGAAUAUUGUGUUCAUGUUUGUUAGCUUUCUCUAGUAUUUAUUUACAAGUUCUAAUUAGGCAUUCUAAGUCAAUCCUUACAAUCAAUGACAGCUAGAAAAGCAAUAAUGUUUGCGUGUGUAAUGAAUGUAUAUGUAAGACACCUACUUUGGAAUGAAUCAAUCAAGGUCAAUUGUUGUAACCAAUGAAUGAGAACUAGUAUUAAAAUAAAGUUCAUUCCAAUAUAUUUCCGGCAAAUAUAUUACUUCUGAAGGUAAAUUAAGAUUUCUAUGACAUACUGUACAGAGAUAUGAAUGUGAGAUAGGGAACAAUUUAAGAAUGUGUUGAUAAUAAUAUAAUAGGUACAAGAUUACAUCAGUGUCUUGUAAUAUAAAACUAUAAAUCCAAAGCAUAUUUACAUUUUUCAUUUGUAAAAUCAAUGAAAUCAUUUUAAUGGCUGCCUACACAUUGCAUUAUUUAGUUCAGUAUAAGGUUUAAAAUCCAAGAUAUUUAUGUAUAUCUUUCCUAGAUGUACACUUAUUCUUGUAAAUAAACUGAUAUUUUUUUAUGAAUUAUUUACAUGUAACAUUUAUUUUUAUAUUAUUUAAUGUAUAGCUUGGUGAGACAUGUUUUUUUUUUUAUAAUAAAAAUGUUUGCUCGGCGCUUGAAAUGAUAUCUGCAUUAUUUUGCUUUUGUGAAGAUUACAUUCUAUUGAUUGGACUGUGCCCCAAUUAAAUAUAACAAGAUGAACUUGUAUUCAAAUCUAUGAAUGUUUAAAUAACAAUAAUAUUUACUUUGCUCAAACUGUACAAUUAUUUGUACAAAUGAGCAAUGAAGGGAUAGUCCCUGUGAAUAAAUAUUGGAAAUUAAUAGCACAUUUUCAUACAAUACACACUUUAUAUUGUUACAUCUAAAUUGUAAUUAGUGGAAACAAAGUAUUAUAAAAAUAAAUCUCUAUCAGUAAGUAUGGAAUUAAAGGUGGCUGUGCUGGAAGUGUAGUUAUAACAUUUGGAUCCAGUAGGUAAUUAUUGGAACUGUUUGCUGGAGUCGAACAACAAAUCAUGUUGGAAUUCAGCAUCAUAUUGUAAGGUAGGAUCUACCACUUUCAUAGACAUUUUGUGCUUACAUUCAUAAGCAAAAAUAGGCAUGCAGGGCUCCCUACAGAUCACCUGUGACUUAACUUUCAGAUUUGAAAAUUACAGCUAUAGAAUGUUUGAAGGUAAAUUGUGUUUAACUGAGAUUAGUGAUAGAUUGGAUGGAUGGUUUUCCCAUAUGUUAGACACUUCAACAUAAGACUUUUUGAUCUGUUGGUGCAAAAUCCUAUGCAUCAAGUCGCGGCAUCCUCAGAGAUUCGAGUCAUGCCUAAAUCUUAAUUGUAAAUAUGGUGUCAGGACUGUAGAGAUCCUUGCUAAAUUUUCAUCAAUCAUCAGAUAAAGUACAUUAUAAAUGUCUAAGUAAUUGAAACUAUCAUGUAAUAAUAGCCUUAGUACUUUUCUUUUAUACCAAUCAUAACCUUUAAAGAGCUGAAAUAAAUAUUUCAAAACAAGCCA